CGGUCAGCCCAUGUCCAGCUCUGCUUUGUAUCGUUAAAUUACAACCCAGGGCCCGUUGCGGCUCCGCUGCCCAAGCAUUGGCCGUCCAUGGGCUGAAAUGAAGGGUUCCGGCGGCUUAUGGCGGGCACUUAGGUCCCUAAGACCACAACAGGCCUGUUACCAUGAGCCAAGACCAGCUCCGGCGAACCCCUCGAUGAGGCGGAUGAGAUGGGAUGCCAUAAACGCCGUUCGCGGCCCGCGAACGGGCUCCUUAAAAGAGUAUUCCACACGGUCAAGUCAUAAGAAGGCGGUAGACCCGUCUGAAGGGCCUCCAAGGCCGACACGGCAUGUCCUGUCCCAGCCCAUGCGCGCCGUCAUGCGCCAGCUUCCUCAUCCAGUGGUCGUCAUCACGACCCUUGAGAAUACGCACGAUCUUAGCGAUCCUGAGAGCCUACUAGACGAUCGCAUCCCUCGUCCAAUCCCCCGCGCCAUGACAGUCUCGUCCUUCACAUCGCUGUCCGUCGAUCCCGUUCCGAUGGUCACCUUCAACAUAACUCUGCCGAGCACAACCUACCAGGCCCUCGCUAGGUGUGGCAGGUUCAACGCUCAUAUCCUCAGCGGCGAUGACCAUGGCGCCCGGAUCGCGGACCUCUUUACGCGAGGUAACCGACCGACCGCAACCGAGGGGGGCGAAGGUGAGGCGGAUCUGGGUGUCCUCGCCCAUCUGGCGAAGCUCAGCGUCCGAGUAUCGGGACGCGACCAAUGGCACCAGGAGUGGGAACAGGCGAGGCAUUACGGACGCAGAUUGCUUGCCGCACACGAACAGAACCCACCGUCCCCGUCCCUGUCACCUAUUAGCAAGCCAUCGUCGGGUACACUGCCGGUAUUACACGGCCGAGGCGUCAUGCACGUCCUCAAGUGCGUCUACCGCAAAGUGACACCCCCUUCAGCCGGUGAUUUCCUCCACCACGCCAUCGUCGUGGGUGAAGUCCUAGACAUCAUCCCGGGGGAAUCAGGACCGGAAGGCAGCAUCGCGCUGGCGUACGCGGAUAGAGCGUACCGUCGGCCAGGGGAGAAGCUAUUUGAUAGGCCCGCGACUACGCAGUCAGACGCUACGAACCAAAAUGCGCCUCGGGAUAUCGAUAUCUCUACCAAUGAUACCGACAGCCGAAAAGCAGACUAAGUUUCUCCCGCGAGGCCUUGACCCUAUUCAUACAUUAGGAUAUUAGGGUAGCUAGCC